UACCGAUAAAAAUUCUUAUCAUUUUUUUUUUCUCAAUGAGAUUUUCUCAGAUUUUAGAUUUCUCAGUCUUUCGUGGAUUUUUGACUCGAUUUCUUGGUAUCAACUUGAACAUAAUGUGGAAAAUUUUGAUAUUUUUACUCUUUUUUGUCAAAAUUUCAUUGCAAUCUGAAGCUGAAUUGAGAUUUGAUAAUGAGUUGUGUGAUCGGCAGUUGGCGAUGUUUAGGGAGGCUCUGGCAAGUCCUAGGAUGGAUUGGGCUGUGAGAAUGUUCGACUACUGGGGAAAGAUUCAAUCAGGAUUAACCGUCGGCAACACAGCAAACUUUGGUCAUUACGAUGAAUGUAUUCAAUUUUUACACGACACUCGAAACUUAAAUGCUGGAAUUAUUCAAGGACAAUAUUGUAUGAUUAAUCAUCGUGCGACAGUAACGAAAAAUGACACAGAUUGGAAUGAGAACUUUGAUUGGCGGGAAGUUGGCGCCUACGUCAGAUCGCUCAACCUUAACCUUCGUAGUGGAAUUUGCAUUCCAGCAUCAUGUUCAGCAUUAAAAGCUAUCGAAUUUGCAAACGAGUUCUUAACAACAGCCGACUUACUUGCAACCAGUGCAAGUUGUGACGUAAAAGAUAGACACAGCAUUAAUGGUCUCGAUGUAUUCGCUAUAGUUUUGUUUUCAUUGUUUGUGGUUGUUGUGGCUGCAAGUACAAUUUAUGAGAUUUAUGCGACCAAAAACUCAAAGUCACCAAGCAAGCUCCUCUCAUCCUUCUCAUUUUACACAAAUGGCUAUGAACUAUUUGACGUCCAAAAGGAUAAAUCAGCAUCGUCAAUCAACAGCAUGCAUGGAGUUCGAGCGUUGUCUGUUCUUUGGGUAGUUAUGGGACAUCGUCGAUUCUUUCAUCUCAUUUUUGCCUUAACAAAUGCCAAUGAAGUCAACAAUUGGCUAGAAAAUAUCAGAACUGUAAUAUUCCAAACUGAUCAUUUGGCUGUAGACUCAUUCUUUGUCAUGGGUGGAUUGUUGGUUGUUCUGUCAUUCAUCAAGGAUCUUGAGAAAAGGAGAGCGUCACUGUGGAGGAUGUACUUGAGAAGAUAUUUGAGAUACACGCCAUUGUUGGCCAUGAUCAUAUUAUUUCAAGUCACAUUGCUUAAGUUUGUGGUUUCAGGACCGACUUACAAUUGGGAAGGUCAAGCUAGGAAUUGUCAAACUAAUUGGUGGGGUGCACUGCUGCAUAUUCAAAAUUACUUGGAUUGGACUAAGAUGUGUGUAGGGCACUCAUGGUACCUGUCAGCUGACUUUCAACUUUUCUUAGUCUCACCACUGUUCAUAUUUGCAAUCUGGAAGCUAGGCAGAAAACUUUUAUGGAUGCUGCCUUUAAUAUCAUUAGUAACCGUUGUGUACAUUUUUCUGAUGGCUUACUUCUAUGAAGUUCCGGUAUUUUAUCUUAAACUGAAUGCAGAAACAAGUGAGAUUUUCCAUCGAUUCAUCUACUUUCCAACUCAUGCUAGGAUGGGACCUUGGUUCAUUGGAAUGACUACUGGAUAUUUAAUCUAUAAAAAUCGAAUAGAAAAGUUUAAGUUACCCAAGAUUUUCUUCACAAUCAUGUGGAUCAUCGCCCUAUCAACAAUCUUUGCAGUCAUUCUCGGAUUCUAUCCAUUCAUGCAGAUGAACAACAACACAACAACAGUCUUUCAAAAUGCAUUUUACCUAGCAACUUUCAGAAAUGCAUUUGCAUGCGGAGUAGCUUGGAUCAUAUUUGGAUGUGAAAAUGGAACUGGUGGAGUUGUUAGAUGGUUCCUGUCAUGGCCACAUUGGCAGCCUAUAUCAAGGAUGGGACUUAGUGUUUAUCUUAUUCAUCCAAUUUAUCAAUCAAUUGUGAUUUUUGGACAAAAUCAGCCGAUUCAUUUUGAUGAAAUUACUUUUGUUCAUGCCUACUUUGGGGAUAUCCUUGUUGUUCUAGUACUGAGUACAGUAUUGUAUCUGACUUUUGAAGUUUCAUUCGCAAAUAUUGAGAAUUAUUUCUCAUACAAUAACAUCAACAAAAUAAAUUCAAAUAAACUAUUUUAA